CGAAGCAGGAAGAUGUGUGUGUGCUAAGAGUUGCCGGUUGACUGUGGAAGGGGAGGUGUGAGGCGGGGGUUGCGCCUGGUGGGGGUGUAGGCCAAUGGGUGAUUUGCAAUUUAAUGUUUCGUCUAACAUUAGUGCCAUCUGCCCGGACGCUAUCCCAGCAACUACUUCGGGAAGCUCUUUUUACAUGAACUCGGCGAGCGGGUUAUCAGCAUUGACCAAAGCCGAAAGCCAGCGGAGUACAGCGAUGCAGCAGGAUGAAUUGCUGAUUGAGAAGACUCUAAGCAAGUCGCCACCCCAUCUUUCACCAAACCCAGAAGUUCCAAGUGAUGAUAGUCAAAGAUAUAAUGAAGAUAGUCAAAAUGUCUUAGGUCUCAGCAAUGUUCUAGUAAAUCAUGCUGGAAGCCAGGAGAAGUUGAAGACCCUGGACAAGAAUGGCCCAGUGGACCAUUCAGGAUUGGCACAAAAUGUCAAUGGGGCUAGUGCAUUUUCUAACAAUAUUGGUUUAGGCACAUCUCUCCAUCAUGGUCAGUCAUACUCUGAAAGUAAUCCUGUUGUGAUGAAUGGCAGCUUGAGUGGCUCUCCUUCAAGUCUGUGGUCAACAAGCUCUGUGGAUGACAGCUUUUUAAGUGGCAUGCAGGCCCUGAAUGGUGCAUCGUAUCAAAACUAUCCACCAUACUCACAGAUGCACAACUCAAACCCAAAUGCCUUGAUGGGUGCAAGUCUGGGUGCUCAGUUCAGUCUGGCACAGCAGAAUCCAUCCCAGAGAAGGGCAAUUACUGCAUCACAUAAUAUGCCACCCAGCAGGCCACCAAAUCCUUAUAUGGCAAACAAAGGGUAUCCUGCAUGGUCCACUGUGAGUGCUCCACAGCCCCAGCAGAACAACUGGGGAGCUGGUCUCCAACCACAGCAUAACAUGGCAGGGAUGCCCGGCUGGAACCGUGGACGUCAGGCCUCAAGUCUGAGUCCUCUGGCCCCCAUGUCUGGUAAUAUGCCUACCAACAUGUCAAAUAUGAACAGGAAGUACAGCCCAACCUUCAGUCAGGGAGGAGGAGGGAUGGUCCUGUCACCAAACAAGUUCAGGAGAAGUACAUCAUAUCCUGGAAAAGGACCAUUCGGACCCAACACACCUUCAUUUGAACUGCCUGGAGCAGAUGAUAAGGACUUACUAGCAUAUCAGGAGAGGAAUGGCUUCUGCCCGAUGAACGGCGCCAGCCCGCUGGACAGCAUGCGCACCCUCGAGCACUACCUGAACGACAUCGUGCGAGGAUCCGGCGACCCCAGUUACGUCAACUGCAACGCCAGCGCGCUGCAUUCGCUGGGACAGCUGCAGGGCAAGCCGCCGUUCUUCCCGGGCCUAGACGAAUCUGCGCACCUGCUGGACGAGCACGGCCUGCUGGACGGCCUGCCGGCGCUCAGUCCGUCGCGCACCUCGCCCCGCUCCUCCGGCUCGGGCGACAACGGCGAGCGCUACUCGCGCAAGGUGUUCGUCGGCGGCCUGCCGCCCGACAUCGACGAGGAGGAGAUCACGGCGUCUUUCCGGCGCUUCGGACCGCUGGUGGUCGACUGGCCGCACAAGGCCGAAUCAAAGUCGUACUUCCCGCCCAAGGGAUACGCCUUCCUCCUGUUCCAGGACGAGAGUUCGGUGCAGCAGCUGAUCGACACCUGCAUCCAGGACGACGACAAGCUUUACCUGUGCGUCUCGUCGCCGACCAUCAAGGACAAGCCGGUGCAGAUUCGGCCGUGGAAGCUCUCCGACGCCGACUUCGUGCUGGACGCGUCGCUGCCGCUCGACCCGCGCAAGACCGUGUUCGUCGGCGGCGUGCCGCGUCCGCUCAAGGCCGUUGAACUGGCCAUGAUCAUGGACCGCCUGUACGGUGGCGUCUGCUACGCCGGGAUCGACACGGAUCCGGAGCUUAAGUAUCCGAAGGGCGCCGGCCGAGUGGCCUUCAGCAAUCAGCAGAGCUACAUCGCAGCCAUCAGCGCCCGCUUCGUGCAGCUGCAGCACGGCGACAUCGACAAGCGGGUGGAGGUGAAGCCGUACGUGCUGGAUGACCAGAUGUGCGACGAGUGCCAGGGCACGCGCUGCAGCGGCAAGUUCGCCCCCUUUUUCUGCGCCAACGUCACCUGUCUGCAGUACUACUGCGAGCACUGCUGGGCCACCAUCCACUCGCGGCCGGGCCGCGAGUUCCACAAGCCGCUGGUGAAGGAGGGCGCCGACCGGCCGCGCGCCGUGCCGUACCGCUGGUGCUAGGCGGCCGGCUGGCGCCGCACCCAGGACACGCCUAGUCAGCUCCGCUCCUGCGCUCCCCGGCCGCAGCGCGGCGCUCCCUCUCGCCGGCGCGCUCCCGGCUAGUUAAUGUCCCGCUAGAUGUGGAUUUUCCAGGUGUGGUAGUGCCAUAGACUAGGCAUGCGCUGAUGGGGCAGGACAGAGCCUGCCGACGGAGAGGGUGCCGGGGCGGCGGCGGGCAGGCCGGCGGCGGCCGACAUUUUAUAUACAUAUCUGUAUAAACUAUUACCGUAGCUGAUAGCCACCUCGUAAUUCGCCGAGCCUCUCUUGUAUUCCAGCUGAGAGUCGUUUGGAUACAUUUUUUACUUUUUCACAUUUUUGUAUCGUUGGCGUUUGCAAUUGUAAAUAGAUUUAUGUACAAACGGCAGAUAUUUAUAUAACAGUACGUGGACUGGAAAUCACAUAGUUCCUCUUUAUUUUUGGGGUUACAUUUUUGUACAUAUAGUAAUACCUCUUUGUAAUCCAGUGGAGCGCCCCGCCGCUGUCGCCUCAGUCUCAUGUGAUCCCUGUUAACCGGCGCCGCCAGCCUGUGUGUUUCUCUAUGUGGAGGGUGUUUUUAACACAGCCGACCGGCCGGCCCGCCGCCGCCCCAAGCGGUGGGGCUCGCGGGGGUCCGGCCUUCCGGCCGCACGCCGCGAGCCCUCCCGCACGUUUUCUAUGUAUCCUCGACACUUGAGUCAUUUCGGGGACUUUGACCCCGUUCGCUCCACUAUGGGCAUAUAUAUAAUACGAAAUACAUGUGAUAGUUGUAUUUAUCCCCCGAUUGUGAUUUAAGCUAAUUUAUGCAAUUAAUUUUCUAGUUCAUACAUUUAUGAUUUCAGAAUGUUAUCACUUAUUUAGCUGGCGACGAAUUAUAGCUUAGACUUAUCCAGCGUUUUACGUGUUUAGAUAACACUUCAUUAAUUCAUGUUAGCGUGGAUAUCUAUGACUGUUCGGGUGAUGACGCCGUUGAUAAAUUCGGGUGCGCGCGCGCGCCGCGUCGGUCCGGAGCUUUAGAGCAGCACGCUUAUCUUGACCCGUGUGUUGUCCGGUGUUUGUGAUAGUAGGCCGGGCCGGGUCGGCCUGCGGUCGCCCGCCCACUGAGCACUCGCGAGCCCUCCCUCCGAGCCACAGCCACCAGAUGCGGGUCACCAUGUCAAAGUGCGGCACGGCGGCGUCGCCGCGCGGUUCGGAAUCAAAAGCAGUGUCAGGAAUGGCCGGCGCGCGCGGGGCGGCAGCUGCGCCUGCGCCCCGCCGGCCGGCGCGGAUCGCACGCUGGGCGUGGGCGUGUAUCUUUCACGGUGUCGUACGGCAGGGGGUCCAGCUCCAUAAGGAUAGCAGCCUAACCCGAGCAUAAUCCGCUGGCGCCCGGCCGAUUCCCCGUCCUCAGCCGCCGUGGCGCGGCCGUCCCGCCCCCUUCCAGGCCGCGCGUGGCCCGCCGUCCAGACGACUGCGGUGCCGACUGAUGGAGGCGUCGCCGCGGGCUCCCUCGCGUCUCCCACCAGCUUGAGCCGCCUCCGGGCCUCGCUGCUUUCGACCGCCGGCCCUAGCCCCUCCCACCCCACCCCUCCCGAUCGAGGACGGCUACCAGUGUCCUGGCUCCCCCGGUGUGGUUUAACGGGUCCUGGCUUGCAACUUACCCAUAGUUGAGCCUGAAAUGAUGGUAGUCGU